CAAAACUAUCAUCGGCUCUAAUGUUACCUGCAGUAGGAGGCUCAUUAUAAUAUCGUAGAGGGGAGUUCUCCUCACCGCCUCGCAGCCACCAGUCAGAGAUCUCCGCCCCAGUCAUCUUGGGCUACAGCUCGGAGCCCGGAUGCGCCGCCAUGCCGCCUCUGUCAGCGAAUGGAAUAAUUUAUUCACCAACCUGCCUCACACUGGCCCACUAGGAGUUGACUGAAGAAGUCGAUAAGACAGUUUCGUGGCCACCGGAGCCUUUGCUGCCUACAGGCCAGUGCAGGAUACCUGUGCCGUGCCUGCUCGCUUGUUUGCGUAGCUUAGCACUGUUGUGUCGCUGUAGGGACACUUGUGCUAGCUGCGCUAACGUUAGCUCAAGCGGAGAGAGUGCGGGGUAGUGACAGUCCGGCCGGAGGCGGGGAGAGUCGCGAGCUGCGAGGCUCAGAAAAUUACUCCCCAAAACAAAACAAAAAAACAACAACAAAAAACUUUCUAUGUCUUCAUCAGCUCUGAAAAUCAAAAGAGAUGUCUGUUGAUGAGGAUACUGAAAAAAUGGGCAGUCCACAGCCUAGCUCGACGUCAUCUCUGCAGCUCACGGAUGGUCCUGGAGGUUACGGUGGUGUGUCUGUGAUGAUGGAGGGAACUGCAGCUACCCCUGACUUUGCAGCUGCUUGCCCUCUUCUGGGCACUGCUGCCUCGCCAAAACACACCAGCACAACUGAUGCGCUCACCCUCGCAGACAAUGCUGGACAGAGAGCCAGAGGGAACGAGAAUAGCAUCAAUCGCAGAAAUAGCUUUCAUCAUUCCAAACAACAACAACAACAGCAGCAACAACAAACAAAGCUAACAAAGCGGCGCUACACUGCAAAUUCUAGUUUCAAGCAUCCUUCAUCUGGCAAACGGAGACGAAGGGCCAACUCUGAGAGCGAUUCUGUCCUGCCCACCAACUUCCUCUUGGGUGGGAACAUUUUUGACCCACUGAAUCUCAACAGCCUGCUGGAUGAGGAGGUCAACAAGGCACUGAAUGCAGAGACUCCCAAAUCCUCUCCGCUGCCAGCAAAAAGUCGAGACCCUGUGGAGAUACUCAUCCCCAGGGACAUCACAGAUCCACUGAACCUGAACAGUGGGAUAGCUGACAGCAGCUUUUUGGCUUCUCCCUUCAAGAGUGGAGGAAGGAAGAGACACCGCAACAGGCACCAUGGGGGAGGAGGAGGUGGUGGAGGUGGGAGUGGAGGAGGUGGGAGUGGUGGCGGUAUUGGGAUUUCAGCCACACAAAUGAACCUCUCAGAAUCAGGAAAAAGUGAAGUUAAAACAGGUCCUUCUGUACCUCUUCAAGGUACCUUAGCCUCAUGUUCUGCACUAGAAUCCAACAAUGAAUCCGGUAGUGUUUCUAGUGUCAUGGCAGAGUCCCACGAGCACACAGAUUGCAGCUCAGCAAGCUGCAAGGAGGAAAUGCCACCUGCAUCCAUGGAGGAUUCCACUUCAGGGGCACCGUACCAGCACACAAGUAGACGCAAGCGAAGGCGCAACUCGGGCAAAAUGGAGCCCCCUGUCACCCAUUCUACUCCGAUUGGCAAGUCGGGACCCGGAGACAGGCAUUUUGGUGCAGGGGGAGCAAGAAAUUCCUUUCACACGCCAAAAUCUGGUUCCAAAAUAGGCCCUGGAAUACGCCAGCACCAGCAGCCCCACUCUCAUACAAAGGAACAGCACAAGAAGUUCCAGUAUGGGAAUUACAACAAGUAUUAUGGAUACCGCAACCCGGGCUGCAGUGAAGACCCUCGUUUACGUCUGCUUCGUCCCGAGUGGUUUAGAGGUAAAGAAGUACUGGAUUUGGGGUGCAACUCAGGCCAUGUAACGCUCUAUAUUGCCAAAAUGCUAAGACCCGCCCGCAUAUUGGGCCUUGACAUUGACAGUGGUCUGAUACAUGCAGCUCGUAAAAACAUAAGACAUUAUCUGUCUGAGCUGCAGACCCAAGAGGCCAGGCGAGCAAUGCAGGGCAAAAAGACUAGUAAACAGGAGGAGACAAAUGGAAACGCGAGUCACACGGGCACAGAAAAAGAGCACAACAAAGCUGAGAGCAGGGACGAAAAUGGGAAACCAGUGAAAGCAGAAAGUGGCCCUGCAGAUGAUGGAAAUGACAAUGAGUCGUGUCACACGGAUGAGAUGGAGACCCAGAGGCAGGGCAGCAAAACAGAGGAAAUGGAGCAAGAAGACUGUGAUUCACCCCCCGCUGAUCACUCUGAGAGCUGCUCUUUUCCUGUAUCCCUACGGAUCUCCAGGGGUCCCAUUGCUGCACCCCCGCUAACACAAACAUCCACGGUGCAGCCUGGGGAGUUCCCUUCAAAUGUGUCCUUCAUCAAGGCUAAUUAUGUACUGGAGAGCGAUAAUCUUCUUUUGACACAGCGGCCAGAAUAUGAUGUGAUUCUGUGUUUGAGCGUCACUAAAUGGGUCCACCUGAACUGGGGAGACAGUGGCCUCAAGCGGCUCUUUAAGAGGGUCUACAGACAUCUCCGUCAUGGGGGCCUUUUCAUCCUGGAGCCACAGCCCUGGGAGUCCUACGUGAGGAGAAAGAAGCUAACUGAUAAUAUUAGCAGGAAUUAUCACAGCAUCCGUCUCAAACCUGACCUGUUUGUGUCAUAUCUUACAACUGAAGUGGGCUUCACCAGUUUUGAAUACAUCGGGCCCCCCAAGUGUUCAGUAAGAGGUUUUCAGAGGCCAAUCUAUGUAUUUCACAAAUGACUGCGCCUGCCUUGAACAUCAUUGAAUGUGAGUAGCCUAAACCACCAUCAUACAUUCAAGCCAGCCAUCUACACUGGACCACAAGGGACAAUCUGAAACCUUGAAACCGUUACUCCGGCGUUUGAUGCUGAAGAUGAAUAACAGAAAGGAAAAUGGGACCAAAAGUGGAAUGACAUUUUUUUUAAGGAUGCAGACUGUCAAAGAGAAAGGUGUUAAAGUCCUCUGUGACUAGAAAUUAUUAAAAGUGUGGAGUAAACUCGGAUAGGACUCCAUGGGUAACCUGGAACAAAACUCCUAGUUUGGCCUGAGUGUGGAAGAGGUGUUCAUCUGCUCAGAUUUCCAUGGACUACUUCUAGUGGUAUUGAUGCCCCCAGUUUGAUCCAUGGCCAUAACUUGGGUUGGAAUAUCUUGGGCCAUAUCUUUACUUUCAGGAAGUUAUUCUGUGCCACCAUAUUUCUAUAUCUUUUACAUAUUAGGAUUGGACGAUGGGAAGUCUUAUCCAACUGGUCGCAAUCACCAUUUUUAACAGGUGAUAGAUGUUAUAUUCAUCAACUGUAUGUUGCGUAAGCAAAGCUGCACUAUAAUGCAUACAAUGCCAUUGAAGAGAUGAUAUUAAAUCUUUUGAAAAGUAAAGUGUUUUAUGCUGUGCAAGACACUGCGCACAAUACUUGUGAAUGUAGCCCCCCCACUGUAACUACUGAAGACUUAGAAAUCCUGCCUUACCUGUUAAAUAUAUGUUUAAACCCUUGAAUGCUCUUGCGGCAACCAUAUAGGCGCACAUUUGUUUGUGAUGAUUAAAACAGUUACACACGGUCAGUCACUGAGACAGUUUAACACUAAUGGCCUAUGUGUUUGUCCCAUCUUCCAAACCUAAUGCGCACCUUGUUCUUUGCCUUUUUUUUUUUUUUUUUUUAAAUUAGCUGAAUUUUGCUGAAUUAGCUUUCAUACAUGUUAAAUAGUGCUCAAAAUUUUUUCAUAUUUUGAAUACAACAUCAGAAAAAGCACCUACAUCACACAAAGACCUUAACAAGUGGAAAGUGGGGUGUCUGAAUAAAUAGAAAUAUGAGGCACAGUGGGGAAAGGUUUGCUAAACGGCCAAAAUAGCAUCCAGUUAAAUUUGAACUGAGAUGGUGUGACAUCCAUGUUAUUAUUCAGCCCACAAGGACUAUUUUAAGUAGAUCUGUAGCAGGCAGCCAUCUUUUUUUUCUUAUAUUUUUUCUUAAACAGUUAAGCCAUAGCCAUACCUUAUCUGCUGUCUCCAGUGUCCUUCAUGAGGUGCUGACUGAUACAACUGAGCGUAAAAUUGAGGCAAAGGCGAUUUGAGGCCCUGUGGUGUCAUCAGUCCUGUAUAAAUCAGAGACAUUCUGUUUUGUGGGUCUGUUCUCAUGCUCAUCCAGUAGUCCCCUGAGCCCCGUGUUGAUUUCUAGUUAUUCUAUAUAUGUAAGCAUAAACAAAAAAAAUACUGGAAAAUGAAUUGUUGCUUUAAUAUUGUUUUUAUUUUGUGUUUUUUUUUUUUUGUUGUUGUUUUUUUAAAACCAAAUUUCAGUAUGACUAUGCUUUUUGUUUUGACGAACUUCCAUUUUUUUCUGUAUUUUAUUUUAUUUAAUUUUUUUCCUGUCAUUCUGUUGGGGCAGAUCACACCCUCACUGCUUUUAAUCUUUGACCAAUAGGGCCUGUUCAGUGUUUCCCAGAGAUCUGGGUUCUGUUUGUGAUGGUGUUGGGGAUGGGUGUCGGGUGGCAGUGUUCAAAAGAAGCUACACACAUUUUGUCAAUGUGCUUCUCAGUAAAUAUUUUAACUGACUAAGCAUCUCCGGACAAAGAAAUUGCAGUGGAUAUCUGGAGAACAAUGACUACUUUCCUCAUCCCCACCUAGACAGUGUUGAUGGAGCCUGAGAGGCUCAAGCAGCUGAAUGAUAUCAAAGGACAUUAAAACAGAGACUUGGCUAUCAAGUCAGAUGGAAGGGAAAUACAAGAAGGCAGCGGCCAGCUAGUUUACUUGUAACUUGGCUUUUAAAAUUAGACUGUUGACGAUUAAUUUAGACUAUUAAAAGCUGGUGAUCUCUUGAGUGGGUGGAAAAAAUAAAUAAUUGCUAAAAAGAGUCCUCAAAUAUACUUCAUUGACCUGCCCAAGUAAUGACUAGGUGUGGGAAACACUGCAGGUACAGGUAUUCCUUGUGUUUGCUUUUUUAAUUGGUUUCCACUGAGCACCACCCAUCUGCAACCUUUCGUUGGAAGAGGCUGGCACAGAAAAUCUUCCUUUCAUGUGGCUGGUUCCGUUACGGGUGCGAUAGGGCAGGCGAUGAUGGACGAUAUGUUUCUGUUUUAAGUGAUCAAUGUAAAUAAGUUUGCAGAUUUUGUUCAUAAUGGCCUGAGUCGUUUAUACAGUGUUUUAUGGUUUUCUUUUGUUCUUUUAUAAUGUUUGCUGCCAAUUUACAAGUGAGUCACAGUUCUCUUUUUUUUUUUUUUUUUUUUU